AGCUCCCGCACCAGCCUCCUCCCACGGGCAGCAGGUCGGCUCCCGGGAGGAGCGGCAGCGCAGGGAGGUCCCCAUCCCUGUCCCCAUCGCUGUUCCCGCAGAGCUGCCUCAGCAGGCAGCAGCUCCUGGCUGCCAUCCGGCAGAUGCAGCAGCUGCUGAAGGGGCAGGAGACGCGCUUCUCGGAGGGGCUGCGCGCCGUGAGGAGCCGCCUCAGCACCAUCCACGCCUCCCUGGCCAAGGCCGCCCCGCAGCCGCCCGCCCCCUCCUGUCCUGCCCUCCAAGCCCCUGCGGAUGGGAGGAUGUUCGGCACCAAAUAUUUGGUGGAUCACGAGGUUCACUUCGUCUGUGAUCCAGGAUUCCAGCUGCUGGGCUCCAGCACACGGAUGUGCCAGGCCAACGGCAGCUGGACAGGGCAGGAGCCCCGCUGUGCAGAGAUCAGCGAGUGCUCGAGCAGCCCCUGCCAGAACGGCGGGACGUGCCUGGAGGGGCUCGACCACUUCAAAUGCCUCUGCCCCCCGCAGUGGACCGGGACCACCUGCCAGUACCAGGCUCAGACCGCUCCUCCCGCCUGGAGCGUGACGGAUGACCCGGCCUUCAGCCGGCAGCCCCGCUGUGCCCAGAUCGCCCAGACCCAGCAGUGCAGCUGCGACCCCGGCUUCCACAUGAGCGGCACGGCUCCCGACGGGAUCUGCCAGGACCUCAACGAGUGCGAGGUGUACCAGCAGGAAGGGGGACCCCGGCUCUGCGCCUAUGCCUGUGUCAACAUUCCCGGCUCCUUCCGCUGCUCCUGCCCCGCCGGGUACGUCCUGCUGGGCGACGGCAAGAGCUGCGAAGAUAUUGAUGAGUGUUCCCUAUCCCAGGAUAACUGCACGAACGGGAGCACCUGCAUCAACACCGGGGGGGGUUUCCAGUGCGUCACCCCACAGUGUCCCCCGGCCGCCGGCAACGUCUCCUACGUCAAAACCUCCCCGUUCCAGUGCGAGCGCAACCCGUGCCCCAUGGAGAGCCGCUCUUGCCACCAGGCCCCCAAAACCAUCUCCUUCCACUACCUCCCGCUCCCCUCCAAGCUGCAGACCCCGGCGCCGCUGUUCCGCAUGGCCACGGCGGCGGCUCCGGGCCGGCCGGGCCCCGACAGCCUCCGGUUCGGCAUCGCGGGCGGCAACAACCGCGGGCACUUCGUGGUGCAGCGCUCGGGCCGGCACACCGGGGAGCUGCUGCUGGUGCAGAGCCUGCCGGGGCCCCGCACCGUCCACGUGGAUGUGGACAUGGCCGAGUACCUGGACCGGGUGUUCCAGGCCAAGCACCUGUCCAAAAUCACUCUCUUUGUCUCGCCCUAUGAGUUCUAGGGGGUCGCGCUCCCUGCUGGGGAAAAGUCCAGGUUGGAGC